CUCAUUUCACCUCUGGAGCUCAAAGAGGAGACAGUGUGAUAGACAAUAUGAUUCUUUAUUCACAGCUAGAUCUAAAAACAGAAUCAUAUUAGUCUAUCAAAGCUUCAGCAGCCACAGUUCACCAUGAAGAUCUUGGUGUUUCUGACUCUCCUGGGAACAGCUCUACAUGACGCGGCGGCUGUGACUCACUCUCUGAAGUAUUUCUUCACUGGAUCUUCUGGAGUCCCAAACUUCCCAGAGUUUGUGAAUCUUGGAAUGGUUGAUGACAUGCAGAUAGAUUACUAUGACAGUAACACCAGGAAAGCAGAACCCAAACAGGACUGGAUGAGGAGAGUCACAGCUGAUGAUCCUCAGUACUGGCAGAGGCAGACUGAGGUAUCUGUGGGGACUGAGCAGGCCUUCAAAGCCAACAUUGAAAUUGCAAAGCAGCGCUUCAACCAAACUGGAGGUGUCCAUGUUGUCCAGAGGAUGUACGGCUGUGAGUGGGAUGAUGAGACCCAUGAGAUUAAUGGUUUUAUGCGGGAUGGUUAUGAUGGAGAAGACUUCAUUGUUUUUGACCUGAAGACGCUGACAUGGAUCGCUCCUAAACAACAGGCUUGCAUCACCAAAACUAAGUUCGAUCAUAACAAAGCUCUCUCAGACAGUCAGAAACACUACCUCACCCAGGAGUGUGUUGACUGGCUGAAGAAGUAUGUGGGCUAUGGGCGGCGCGUUCUGCUGAGAACAGAGCUUCCCUCUGUGUCUCUCCUCCAGAAGACUCCCUCCUCUCCAGUCAGCUGCCUCGCUACAGGUUUCUACCCUCACAGAGCCUCACUCGUCUGGAGGAAAGAUGGAGAGGAGCUUCAUGAGGAGGUGGACCACGGAGAGAUCCUCCCCAACCACGAUGGAACCUUCCAGAUGAGUGUUGACCUGAAACUUUCAUCAGUCACACCUGAAGACUGGACCAGGUACGACUGUGUGUUUCAGCUGUAUGGUGUGAACGAGGACAUCAUCACCAGACUGGACAAAGCAGUGAUCAAGACCAACGAAGGAAAGACUGGAAUCAACAGUGUUGACGUUAACAUGACCACCAUCGUCAUCGCUGCAGUGGUUGUUAUUGCUGUCGUCCUCAUUACAGUCAUUGGAGUGGUGACCUACAAGAAGAAGAGAGCAAAUUGUGCCAAACAUGAUAUUUCUUUGAGAAGUUCCUCUACUGAAAGUAUGAAGACUGAACUAUUGGUGAAAGUGCCAGAGCUGGACGUUUUAUCACAUAGUUCUGAUGGCUCUUCUAGUGGAAGUACAGGCAGUGAGACACCAUUGUUCAAACGUAACUAAUGGCUAAAGGUUUGCAGAAGACGGGGAACUCCAGUCCGUAGGAACACUGCAAUGUUGAAUUUUGGUUUCUAAGAGAAAGCUUCUGCUUUGUGAGAGAAAUAAACAUGUAAAGACACAAUCUGUAAUCCAGACAUUAGCAAAAGAGUCACCAACAAAACACCAACAUAACAGAUUGAAUAUCAUUUACAUGUAUGUGGUCAGGAAGUCCAUUUAAUCGGCGAAAGUUUUUUCUAUAGCAGCUUUAAAGCAAAUUAAAUGCAAUUAAAAACACUUUACAAGUGACCACAAAGUGAAGCACCUCAAAAAUUAAAUUUACACCAAGAAUAAGCCAAAAUGCAAGCAAUACAACAUAACGAGAAAUAGAAAAUUCUGAAAUACAACACUAAAUAAGAUUAUGACCAACUGUCAUGAUCACAGCUGAGGUUACAGACCACUGAAUGAAUAUGAAUGCUGGCCGGGUACAAAGCACAUGUAGCUGUGUUGACAUGGGGCCUCCACACCAUAAUCCAUGUUCAAAUCUUUAAUGAAUAUCAAAUAAUAAUGUUAUAGCUCACCGUAGCAUUUUUGCCACAGUCAAACUGAACAUCUAUGCUGCCAUUCGUAAUGACGGUAAUCAGUGUGUACAAUGUUCAGGCUAAACCGUGUAAGAGAUGAACAAUUCAAAUACAAAGAAGGAUGGCCCCACUAUUGACAAAAAGAAUGUCAAAUAAGUUUGUAUAAAUCUGUUACAUGAUUUUUAAAUACAUAUGACAUGACAUAUAAGAAGCACACACACACACACACACACACACACACACACACACACACUCUGUCACUUCUAUCUGGGUAUCCAUGAAUUGCGUAUCUGCAGAUCAAUGUGUGAAUUAUUUUGUGUUGGUUUUUGGGUGAUUUAAACAUUUUAAAGUUCUGUAAUACAAAUGCACAUAUAGACUCACAUUCUCAUUCCCAUCUCACACUCAUUCAUGUUUGUAAAUUAACAGAAACACUUCUUUACACAUAUUUACACCAGUAAACACACAAUAAAUAAUCAAUAAGUCAGUAAAUACAUUUUCAAUGUGCCUUAGACACACAGUUUGUGUACAGCAUCUCCCUUUUGGUGAACUGAAUCUGUUGUGUGAAUUUAUAAAUGUUUUUCCCCCUUGUCUUCCUUUUUCAUUUGUGAAUCUUUUUUUUUUUUUUCAAUACAAACCUAAGUAUGUUUUUAUUUACUACUGAAUCUGUUGAUUCUUGCUUUGAUUUGGGUUUCUGUGAUACAUUUUGUAAAAGGUUUGUUAACCCUUAUCUUCACUUUUGGGACACUCUGGUAUCGCAGGUGUUAGAUUGACCUGGGACAUAUUUAUUUAUUAAAAUCUAUUCUGAAAUAAAGUUUUACUUCAUAAGCCAU